GGGGUACCGUAAGUGCAGCUAUACUCUGGCUUGUUUUCGAUAUGUGCUCUAAAUUUUUGCAUUUAAUUAGUUCGAAUAAGUAUAGUAUUGAUUGUAGUGUCAUUUUCGCAUGCAGCUAUACGUUGUGAUUGAGAACUACAAAAACAAACAAAGAUUAUUUAAAAUCUCAUAUACACUCCAAUUUAAAAAUGAAAAAGGUAGAGAAAGUAGAAAAGCUGUACGCUUGCAGCGAAACUUCAUCGAGCAAGCAGAGUAUCUCCAGUACGGGUACAACUGCCAGUAUAAGCACUCCGCAGGAUGAGAGUUUCAAGCUGGACAAACAUGCCGAGCGAUGUUUGCGAACCAUGGAAGAUUAUCUGUACAAGCAACAACUGACAGAUGUGAUCCUGAUUGCGGGUCAAAAGCGCAUUCCAGCUCAUAGAUUGGUGUUGAGUGCAAAUUGCGAAUAUUUUGCAGCAAUGUUUACUAAUUCCUUGAGAGAAACAUUCCAAAACGAAAUCGAACUCAAAGAAGUCGACGGGGACGCUCUUUGGGGCAUUGUCAGGUAUUUUUACACCGGUAUCAUAGAUUUACUGGAGGACAAUGUCGAGACGCUGCUGGCAACGGCAUCUCUGUUGCAACUCAGUAGUAUAGUCGAAGCCUGCUGUCAGUUUUUAAUUAAACAACUCCACCCGAGCAACUGUCUGGGCAUCAGAAGAUUCGCUGACAUUCAUGGCUGCACAAACUUAUUGCACACAGCUAAUGUUUACACCAACGACCAUUUCAUGGAAGUGGUAAAAAAUCAAGAGUACCUCUUACUCACUGCCGACGACGUAGCGAUGCUACUUCAAUCCGAUGAUCUCAAUGUUACUUCCGAGGAAUCUGUAUUCGACGCGUUGCGAAGAUGGCUGGAGCACGAUCCCAAAAUCCGGCAAAAGGAGUCGAGUCGUUUGCUAGCCUACGUCAAAUUACCUUUACUGACGCCUGCAUUUUUAACCGAUUACGUGGAAAACAAUGAAAUGUUCCGGGAACAAAGGAGCUCACAGGUCCUGAUAAUGGAAGCCCUGAAGUACCAUCUCUUACCCGAACGUCGCCCAAUGUUGCAAUCAAACCGCACCCGACCGCGAAAAGCAACCGUCGGUCAACUACUGUCAAUAGGAGGAAUGGACACUCUUAAAGGAGCGACAACGAUAGACGUGUUCUCCCUCCGCACGAACACCUGGAGGACGCUGGUCAACAUGAGCUCCAAGCGCUCGCAGUUUGGGGCAGCUGUCGUGGAAAAGAAACUGGUGGUCGCUGGUGGUCGAGAUGGCUUGAAAACCCUCAACACCGUGGAAUGCUUCGAUUUCAACGCUAAAACGUGGGGCUCCUUGCCUCCCAUGACUAUACACCGUCACGGAUUGGGCGUAACAGUCCUGGAGGGUCCGCUGUAUGCCGUGGGAGGUCACGAUGGCUGGAGUUUUCUGAACACGGUGGAGAGAUGGGACCCCACGACUCGUCAAUGGACCUACAUUUCUCCAAUGUGCUCCCAAAGGUCGACUGUUGGCGUUGCCGUCCUAAACGACAAGCUAUACGCCGUUGGAGGAAGAGAUAACAGCUCGAGCCUGAGCACGGUCGAAUGUUACGAUCCGCACUCAAACAAGUGGACCUCGUGUGCACCAAUGUCCCGACGUCGAGGUGGGGUCGCUGUCGCCGUGAUGAACGGGUGUUUGUACGCCCUCGGGGGACACGACGCACCUUCCAGCAAUCCCCACGCUAGCCGGUUCGACUGUGUUGAGAGGUACGAUCCCAAGACAGAUACCUGGACGACCGUGGCUUCGAUGAGCAUUGCCCGUGACGCGAUCGGUGUCACGGUUUUGGGUGACAAAUUGCUCGCCGUAGGUGGGUACGACGGCCAGCAGUAUUUGAGCCUGGUCGAGGCGUACGAUCCACUUUUGAACGAGUGGCAUCAGGUUACUCCUUUGAAUUCCGGCAGAGCAGGCCCUUGCGUUGUCAUCGAGAAUUCUCUGACUUUUUAAUUCUUAUCGGUAUUAUUGCAUCUGCAACAGCCUCAAUUGCAGCCGUGCUUGAUUCAGUAUUUAUGAUAUUAUCACUAUUAUUGUAUUUGAUAUUUUUUACUUUAUCGACACUGAUUUAUAGUUUGUUUUGUAAUUUACGUUAGCAAUUAUACAGCUAGCGGUUUAUGCUUUAAGACGAGUAACGUCGAAUACUGUUAACGCAUCGAUUUGACAGAAUUUUAAAUUAGAUUUAUCGAAAAUCGUUGUGACUUGUGAUAUGCGUAGAAAAUUGUUUUAUUGACUUGGAAAAAAAAAAAAAAAAAAAAA